AUGGCUCCGAGCGGCGGCGAGCCGCACGACACGGGCCCUGGUCGCUUUCUCCAGGAUGUGCAUCACGCGAAGCCGCGAAUACCAGGGCCGGAUGCGGAAGAUGUGCUGCCUCAGUGGUCGCUGAAGGACGGUCGCUUGGCGCUGCCUCCGAGCCCGCAGGGGAGGACUCGAGUCAAAACGGCGAGCGACGCAUCGAUGGACAGCCUGUCGCCGCGAAGUCUCGCGCGACCGAUGGUGGCAUCCCAGGCCUUCCAGGCGCUGAUCGACCAGCUCGUGAGCCAGCAUGCCACAGAGCUGGAAGCGCUUCGAGCGGCCUUGUCGAGGAAGGAGGAGUCGCCGGCGCUGUCGCCCACUCUGGUGGGUAUGGAGCGAAUGAUGACGCCGAAGUCGGUGAAUUCGAACCUCAGCUUCCCGGGCCCGUGGCGAAAUAAGCGACUUUCCUCACAGUCCGCGCUCGUGGAUGCGAACACGAUCCUCGAAGCCUGGGAUGAACAGGAACACCUGGAGAUGCGAGACAUCCAGAACCAGACGCGGUUCUCGACCAGUGAGUCGGAUACUCCAACGCGUUCCGAACGCUGCCAAGAUUUCCUCGUCUCGGCUACGUACGAGGGUAUUAUGGCCGGGGUCCUCGUUGCGAACAUGUUGUGGAUGGCCUGGACGGUGCAGGUGCAAGGCGAACAGAUCAACACCCUCACCGACACUUCUUUCGGAGUGGGCAUGGAAAUCUGGAGGGAGAUCUUCUACCUCGGCGACGCCAUCUUCGCCGGCCUCUACAUUGGAGACGCUUGCUUGAGGAUCCUGGGGCUGGGCCGAAGAUUUUGGCGGACCUGCAUGAACUGCCUGGACUUCGUGGUGGCCGGCUUCUGCGUUGUGGAAAUCUUUUGGCUCCUGUCGGCCGACAGUUCCGACGUGAACUUCGACUUUUUCCGCUUGCUGCGCGUCGUCAAGCUGACGAAGGCGCUGCGCAUGUUCAGCGUCGCAGUGGGCCACGCUCCCCUGCAGCUGCUGGUGAAAUGCUUGGAAGCGAGUCGAGGGAUGCUGUUUUGGUCCUUCUGCUUGUUGUCUCUUCUGCAGCUCCUGGCUGGGGUCGUGGUGAGCAUGCUGGCUGCCCCGUACUUGCUAGACGACGGGAACGACCUGCUCAAGCAGGAGGAGGUCUUCCGAUACUACGGGACCUUCUCCCGAACCUUCCUCACCAUGUUCGAGAUCAUGUUUGCCAAUUGGGGGCCGGCCUGUCGCGUGCUCGUCGACAACAUCUCCGAGUGGUUCGCACUCUUCUUCCUGCUCUACCGCUGCGUCUUUGGCUUCGCGGUGCUCAACGUAGUAAACUCAGUGUUUGUCCAGCAGACGAUGAAAACCGCCACUUCCGACGAAGAGCUGGCUUUCAAGCAGAAGGAGAAGGACAUCUCUCAGUACAAUCGGAAAGUGCGGAAGCUCUUUCAAACCAUCGACUCUUCUGGAGACGGUGCGAUCAACUUGGAGGAGUUCGAAAAGCUGGUGCAGUCACCCAAGCUGAGCUUCUGGAUGAGCCAAUUGGAGUUGGAGUACCACGACUUGCUGAGCCUCUUCGAGUUCCUGGACAACGGCGAUGGCCAGAUCACGCUUUCAGAGUUCAUCGAGGGCGCUGGACGCUUGAGGGGCAGUGCGAAGGCCUUGGACAUCUGGCGCAUGGAGACCAAGAUAGAGGUGUUGUUCGAGGAAGUUUUCAAGAUCCUGCCACAAGUGUGGCCCUCCCCUCAGGAUGAAGAAGAGGACGAGGACGUCGGGCAGCAAGGUUCGGGUCACUGCAGCGUCAGUUCCACCCCGAGGAAGACGACCAGCGUCCAGGAUGUCUUUAACAACUCCUCCUUCAAGCACAUUCGCGCAACCAGCACGCGCAAUGCCGAUUCCUGCAGCUUGCCCGAAUUAUUCAGUCUCAUGUUUGAAGAUGUCGGAGUGGGCAGUCAGGACAUUGCAAUUAGUACGCCUCGGUUUUAG